AUGCUAUCGCCUGCGAUACGUGCCAUGGAUGGAACCACCGGACUUGCAACACUGCGCACCAGAAAGGACAAGGUUAACUGGCAGUGUACUGACCGAGGGAAGAUAGACCCAUGUAGAGCCAGUGUCGUUCUGCAAGGAGAUACGUUUACCCCAGGACAAACAGCCCACAACCAUGCACCGAAGCCAGGGAUUUCCAUUGCUGUCGAAAUACAGGCUAAGAUUCUACGAGCCGUUGCCCGUGCCUUGCCAUCAAUGAGACUGGAGAAGGUUGUUGUUGAUUUCGAACCUGCAAUGUGGAUGGCCAUCGAGGCUGUGUUCCCAGAGGUCCACAUCCAGAGGUGUGUGUUUCACUGGGCACAGGCAGUGAAUCGCAAAGGAAACAGCGUACAGACAAGAGAGAGUCGUCCACGACUUUGUGAGGCAGUUGAUAGCUUUGCCCUUCUUGCCAGCUAUGGACAUCCCAGCCGCAUUUCGCAUGCUGCAACGACGUGCCUGGUGUCCUCUUCUUGCCCAGCUAUGUGAUUACAUCGAGGGUACUUGGCUGAAACACUCCAUCUGGGGCCCCGAGAAUUGGAGUGUCUUUGGCCAAGUGGUUCGGACGAACAAUGACCUUGAAGGCUGGCAUCGUAGACUAAACCUGAAGGCCAAUGACUCCAAGCCAUCCAUGUAUGUGCUCAUCCGUAUCCUACAGAAGGAAGCUUCCCUCCUACCACUACACAUACAGAUGGUUUCCGAGGCCAAACUGAUGAGGAGACAUAGGGAGGAAACAAAGACAACACAGGCCCAGCUGUUCUCUUUGUGGGACCAGUGGGAGAAGGAUGAGUUGACCGCCUCCCAGUUUCUGAAGCUUGUUGGGAAAAGCUACGGCUUUUAGUGUAAACUGUGUUGUGUUAGUGUAGUGUUGGUUCUGGAGCACAUGUUUAUGGAGGACUGGUACCACUUUCAGUGGGGCCGCGGUGGCCGAGUGGUUAAGGUGUCCCGACACUUUAUCACUAACCCUCCACCUCCGGGUUGCGAGUUCGAAACCUACGUGGGGCAGUUGCC